AUGCCUUCAAAUUCUGGAGAUGAUAAUGUUCUUCAAGUUCUCAUCAAGAACUUCGAUGUUCUUGCUCUGCCACUGGUUGCUCUGGUCUACCCUGUAUAUGCAUCAGUGAGAGCAAUAGAGACAAAAUCAUUAGCAGAAGACGAGCAAUGGCUCACUUACUGGGUUCUCUACGCACUAAUCUCUCUCUUCGAACUCAUUUUCUCCAAAUUUCUUGAAUGGUUUCCGAUAUGGCCAUUCGUGAAGCUGAUCGGGAUAUGUUGGUUAGUGUUACCACAGUUUAAUGGAGCAGAACAUGUCUACAGACAUUUCAUUAGGCCAUUUUACAUGAACCCUCAAAGAGCUUCAACUAAUAUUUGGUAUGUGCCUCACAAGAAAUUCAAAUUUUUCCCCAAACGCGACGAAGAUGACAUCCUCACUGCUGCUGAGAAAUACAUGGAACAACAUGGUACUGAGGCAUUCGAGCGAAUGAUCGUUAGGAAGGAUAGUUAUGAAAGGGGAAGGAGAGGAGUAAUUAAUAAUAAUCACAUGAUCUUUGAUGAUGACUAUAGGUACUAA